GUUUAAUAAAUUUAGUUAUUGAUAAAAUAGUAUAAAAAUAAAAAUGUCAGGAAAAGCAAGAGAUUACUUUGGAACUUUGAAAUCAGUAUAUAGAUGUGUUAUUAUAGGCAGGAAGAACAGUGUUGAAGGAAGAUAGAGCUAGAGAUUGUAUAUAGCCAAUUCAAAAUUAAGUAAUGUUAGUCAGUUACGUAGAUAUUAGAGACUCCUGCUCAUAUAAAAAAAUAUAGAAAAUCUUAUAAGCAUUAAUAUGGAUGUUAAAUAGUAAUUUUGAUAUUAAAUUAUAGUUACAUCCUGGACUGGUAGAUGCACCAAAACCAUAAGGAAAUUGGAUAUAUGGAAAAAAGACAGAUUUAUCAGAUAAAGCUGGAGAAUUAUUUAAACAAAAGCCAGAAGGAAUAAGAGAAUUAAUAAAUGAAAUAAAUGAAUAAAAAUAUGCAUCUCACGUAAAAGAACCAUUAGGUACUAUGCCAUAAAGAAAUUAUAAUUGGCCUGAAGAAACAAAAUCUGAUGGAUUUGCAUUUGGAUAGAAGAUUCCACCUUCAGAAUAUACUGCAAAAGAGGUUGUAUUUCCACCAGAUGCUAAAAGAGAUGAGGAUAGAAUAAGAUUAAUGUAUUUAAAAAGUCAUGGAAAUUUUGAAGCUGGGGAAUAAAAAAUUGAGAAUAUAAUUGGAAUAUAAAUCCUAAUGAUUUUAGAUUUGGUUAGAAAGAAGAUAGAGAAUAAUAAUAGAUGAAG